AGCACAUAUUAAACUUUUGCAUGGGAAAUACACUCGCGUCGAUCGAGUCCAGCUCGACAGUCUCCAGGCUAGAGACUUUCAGCAUCAACAUGUUCGAUCAGUGUUGUCGACGACCAGACACGUCCGAGUGGCUCCACGAAGUGACAGUACAGGGGCAUGAUGAGGACACUCAGACGGGAGGAGCUUAUACCACUCCAAAGGCAACUCCUACUACAACCGCUGCCACUCCAACCUCUCUCGUCGGGAAGGAAGAAGGCUUGUCAAGGGGAGCGGCAGAAACCCAAGAACCAUUAGCAGCAACAACAACACCGUUGGAGACGACUGCGGCUGCCGGUGCUUCCGAGGACGACACUGAUGACGAUGUGGCGGACGAACGGGUUGGGGCUGCAGAUGAGAAGGAGGAUAUCGAGUUGGUGGAUUGCUUUAAGCUAGAUAUACAGAGAAUUCCUGGUGUCCGUUUGGGCAUAGAUGUCGACCACAGCGAUCCUCGAUGGCUUGUCGUAGAUAGAGUUACCCCCGAGGGCUCCAUUGACCUCUGGAAUAGGAAAGCUCCCCCGGGCCAAAAACUACAAAAGGGAGAUAUUGUCUUGCGAGUUAACAACGUCAGAAUGGACGCAAUGCGGAUGGUGGAGCAAUGCCAAACAUCUAGUGUGUUGCAUAUGUGGGCUAAGAGGCCUAAGCUCAUCCGUUCCUUAUCUGAUUGAUAGUAUCAGUCGUUCAUGUAGAAGACGAGGUUACAUUCAUAGUGAGUAGGGGGAUAUCACUACUACUACUGCUAUUAUUAUUACUACUACUAGGGCAUUGCCCCCUCCCCCUCAAUUUUCCACUGGCUGCAUUUCUAUAGGGUCUCCGUGAUGGAGAUCCUCUGUUAAACUAAUGUCUAGUUAAAGACAAUCAUAAUGUAUCAUCCAUCGACCGACCGAA